AUGAGCCUUAGAGACUUCAACUAUAUCACAAUGUCUGCCUGUAAAUUUUGGGAAAAUUAACUAAAAACUACUAAAAAGGAAGAGGAAUCUACAGUUUGCAGUAUAUAAAACCAACCUUAACCAUCUAUACUGGAAGUUUCAGCAUAGAAGUGUGAGGAAUACUUAUUUGGUGGAGAAGAGAAAAUCUAAUCUGUUGUUGAAUCGAUUGAUUGUAUUGAAUAAUAGGAUGAAGAGAAGAAAAAGUCAAAGGAUGACGAUAGUUCCUCAUCAAUGUCUGACAAAGAGAGUAGAGGAGAAUCUAGAAAGUCUAAAACAACUUCAAGUAAGAGAAAAGGUUAGUGUCUAAUAUAAUUUUAGGAAAAAAGAGACUUACAAUAUAAUAGAAUCAUCUUAUAAUGGAAAAUAUGAGGAAGGGUUCUAAUUUCAAUGAAAUAGUGUAGUAGAUUCCAGGAAGUUCUAUAAAUUUAAUCAAAAGGUAAUUUAGAAAAAAGCUGAGAGUGUUAAAUGAGGAGUCUGAAGAUAGAGAGAUUACAAAUACUAUAAUUCGGAUACAAGAAUUGAUAGAGUAAGUAUAAUUUGUAAUUAUUAAAUAGAGAUUAGAGUAUAGAGAAAGAAGUAAAAAUAAGAGAACUAAAGAUAAUGAUAUCGAACAUAGAGAAUCAUUUACACUAAACAAAAUAAUUAAUACUAUAGAAAUACUUAUCCUUAUUUCAAUAAGAGUGA